CUCGACCACACCGUUCGACAACGCAGGCCAUCAUCAUUGCAACCCCUUCCACCUAUAAUCCUGCCCUUGAAAUUAGACACCCGCAGACAUGGGUGGCGGCGGCAAGAUACCGUAUCCGAAGCACGUCUGGUCACCUGCUGGUGGCUGGUAUGCGCAACCUCACAAUUGGAAGUCGAACACGAUGAUCUUCGGCGCGGCCAUUGCAGCUGUUGUCUUCGUUGCCUUCAGCGCCUCAGCGAACAGGGAAUACAGAAAUAAGAUGCCAGAGAAGACCGGCUUCUUCCCCAGCAGAAAUUGGAGCAAACAGAUCAUCGAGCACGACAAAGCCAGAUAGUAUCCGGGUUCGAACGAACGCAAUGACCUUCAAUUAAAAGAAAAACACCAACAUCAAGGCCUUUAGCAUCAACUUGUACAUACUCAUUCAUACUAUAUCGAGCGAUAUUGAAUCAGGGUGAGGGGACGGGAAGUGUCCAAAUUCAGGGGGGAUAUCACUUUUAGGAAGACGGAAGAGCGAAAGAGCUUCAUGCUCGCAUCUGGACACUAGAGUCAACCUCUUCAUGCUGAGAAGACAAAAGGCUUGACCAGAAUCAGCCGAGUGAGGAUCCGAUUUGAUACGCACAAAGUCAAAGACAUAUCCAAAAACACUAGUUCAAGGACGAUAUUGUUAUCAAGGUUUUAUCGAUUGCCAUUGUUUGAGCUGGUCAGCUAUAUAAGAUUUCUCUCGUGC